UGAGACGCAAAAGUUCUGUUUGAAAAAACAUAGCAGGCCGUAUUUAUAUACGACGCAUAUCAAGUGAUAAAGUAUUUAUGCUCAUAACAACGUUCAGAUUUUGACAAGAGUGAAAUACAAAACGAGGGAAAAGUACCACAAGGUACAUCGGUGUCACAAGUUGAAACUCAGACCACGUACAUUUAUUCUGAAAAGUGCCGUACCACAAACUUGAAAUGGCAGACUCAAGUGAACCGGCGGAAAAGCGUCUACGCCGUGGAAGAAGUGCAAACAAAGCCACGAAAGCAGUGGUAAGUGAAGAAACAUCGAAAUCUCAACCGAAAACUGACGCACCCAAAAAGGAAUCAUCGAACUCAAUGCUGUGCUUGAACGAUGAUUGCCUACAAAAGCUGUUUGAGCAUUUGGAUAUCAACAGUUUGUGUCAAAUGGCAAAUGUUUGCAAGCGUUUCCGACCGAUUACUAUGCAAGUCUUCAGUCAUUGUCACAAGAAAUUCGUAUUUAAAGCUUUAAGAUGCAAAAACUCCGAUUUUCGUCGUGCACUGUGCAAAUUCGGUCAUUUAAUGACAUCAAUCAAUGCUUCUGAAGCCAACUUGGGCAAUUAUGAUGAAAGACUCGAUGGUAAUGCAAUCGUCAAAUAUUGCACCAAUAAUUUGGAAGAGUUGAUCGUACGACAAGCAACCAUUGAUUGUGAUGCGUUCAAACCGUUAUUCUCACGUUUGAAAUGUAUCAAUUUGAUAGAGUGUGAAUUCACUGGCAACAAAACCGAUUUAUUCAAAUCAUGUCCAAAUCUUGAGAUCUUAAGUUUUCAUGCGGAUUUUUUGGGCUCCGAUAUGAUUGAUCUUGGCUAUGAUGAAUUACUUUCGUCAAUUGAUUUCGUUGUUCGGAAAUUUCCGAAAUUAAAACGUCUUGGAUUCGAUUGUAGUUACGACGCACAUUUGAAAUUGUUCAAUUUGUUGGCGCUCAACCCACAAGUGAAGGAAAUCGAUGUCAUUGCCAACCCAGAAGAUGUUUUCAUCGAUGGUAUCGUCAAAAAUGCGAAAAACUUGGAAGUACUUAAGCUUCGUUGCAGCGAUUCCGGUCCAGAAGUAGAAACUCGAAAAGGGUUUUUGAAGCUGAGUAAAUUGAAAAAGUUACAAAAAUUAUACUUUGAAGCCGGCAGUGAAGAAUACGGUAAAUUUUUUGGUCCGCUUAUGGAUGCAUUUGCGAAGGAAAAGGUGCCAAUCGGCCAGUUGGAAAUGUUUAACUUUAACAUUCGCCCGAAGGACAUCAAAAGCAUUCUCAAAUUGAAGACAAUGAAAAUUCUGUCCUUGAAUUCAAUCGAAAAAGCAAGCGAUGCUGAUUUGGUACCAUUGGCCACGCAACUGCAAUUGUUGGAACAUUUGCAACUGGAUUUUACAAAUGUAAAGGCACCAAUCACAGCCAAUGGCCUAGUUAAUAUGGCAGCAGAUGGAAAUCAGCUUGAAUACAUGGCAUUGAUUAACGUACAGAAUUUGAAAAUCGAUCAAAAGGUAUUUGAAAACAUACUGCAAGCGGUUCAAAGUCGUAGCAAUGGAAAGAAAUUAACGAUUGACAUUGUUGGCAGUUACGAUAAGACAACCAGUUUCAAUGUACCAGGCGAAAUUCAACGAGCCGCAAACGCUCAUUUGAUUAUCAAUUAUUCAACACUAGAGGACGAAUAAAGGCAACUCAAUGCACCGAACAAGACACACACAAAACGAACGAUGACACAUACACACCAAUUUACAAAAGCGUUAACUAUUUUUUAUUUCAUUAUUACUUCUAGUUGAUUAAGUUUAUUUUCUUCAUUGAAACAUUUUAGAAAAGCAUACCAUUACCUUUUUUCUACUGAAAAGAAAAGAAUUUUCCAAGAAAA